AGUACGGUCCGCCGUCCGCGUACAGUCGAUCCGAUCGCGGUCCCGAACAGUCUACACACAUUGCCCGUUUCGAUAUAGUCACCGCGGUCUCGCCGCGCAACGUUGUACAUGUUAUUGUUGUUUUCGUUUCGAUUCACACGGUUGUUUUUUUUCUCUUGUUGGUUUUUCGAAUUUAUUAUGUUUGUUAUUCGGUUUCGUUUGUCGGACACCGUCUUACACGCGCCGGUUUGAAAAAUGUACGAUUUCCGUUGUCCGCGAAGCGAAUAAAUCCGUGUUACCGAUACAAUAUAACACACGCAUGCGUAAUAUAUAAUCGAACAUAUUUGAUACGUAAUAAUAGUAUCGCAUAAUGACAUAAGUCGAAGAGUAUCGCCGAUUUUGAACGUCGCACAGAAACUAUUAUUUUGUCGUACGAACAAUACACCGAGUUAUGGUCGUCAUAAGAAAACUAAUAUUAUCAUACUGACGGACUGGACACCGAGCGCCGCGGUGUACACUCUAUCACGCACACUAACGCCACUUGCAUCUACGCCGAUCGCGAGUGACGACGUAUAUUUUACUAUAGGUAUUAUCAUUAUACCUAUUAACAGUACAGGACACACGCGAAAAUAACAUCAUGUUGGCAGACUAUCCAAUAUCACGCGUACCCGGUGGACCACUCUACAACACGUCUGUGGUUCCCGAUUUCCAAAGCGCCUUAACUGGCAAAUCUUGCAAUGAAGGAUGGCCCACCGAACAAGAGAUAAUGGAACAUCCCGGUUUGAGGAACACUCCGCUAGCUAUGUUGGCGGCUCAGUGCAACAAGUUGCAGAGUAAAUCGCCACCGCCGCUUGCUGACGCGGCCGUGGGUAAAGGGUUUUAUCCGUGGAAGAAGAGCCCGCAACAGCAGUCCACCGACAUGUCCGGUUCACCGCUACAACAGCAGCAACAGCAGCAGCAACAACAGCAACAGCAGCAACAGCAACAGUGCCAACAGCAACAGCGGACGUCGUCGAGCGCGGCCGAGUCGCCCAGGCCCGUGGUCACGUCCACGUCGUCGGCCCCGUCCACGCCGGUGCCGACGGGCGCGGGUUACCCGCCUCCGCCGCCGCCUCAUCACGGCAACAUAUACUUCGGCGGCGGUGGCGGCGGCCAUCAGGCGCUGGCCGCGGACAACAACGGCCACCACCAUCAUCACCAGAGCCCGCUGCUGGGCAAGGUGGACAAUCACAGCGCGCUGUACGGCCGCCAUCCGUACGAGUGGCCGUUCAAUUCGAUGGGCACCGCCGGACACCACGCGCCCGCCAUCAAGACAGAGUCCGUGAAUCCCGCUUGGUGGGACGUGCACGGCAGUGGAUGGCUGGACAUGAGUGGAGGCAUGCACGCACAGAUGGCCAAUUACGCGGCGCAGUCGGACUACUCGUCGCUCAGCCACUCGUUGGCCGCGUCCAACACGGCGGCCGCUCACCACCUGUUCUCCAACCAACACUUCUUGCAGGACACGUACAAGUCCAUACUGCCGGGCGCGCAGGGAUCGUUCGGCCUGGGCCACCACCACCACCACCACCCGUCCGUCGUAACGUCGUCGUCGUCUUCUUCGUCGGCCACGUCACCGGGUUCGGCGUCGGCGGCUGCCGCAGCCGCAGCCGCUGCGGCCGCAGUGUCGGCCGCGUACAGCGCGGCCCCCCAGACACCGUCGCCGCGCACGCAGCGCCGGUACACGGGACGGGCCACGUGCGACUGUCCCAACUGCCAAGAGGCCGAGCGCCUGGGACCGGCCGGCGGCCACCUCAAGAAGAACGUGCACAGCUGCCACAUACCCGGUUGCGGAAAAGUGUACGGCAAGACGUCCCAUCUGAAGGCGCAUCUCCGGUGGCACACGGGCGAGCGGCCGUUCGUGUGCAACUGGCUGUUCUGCGGCAAGCGGUUCACGCGGUCCGACGAGCUGCAGCGGCACUUGCGCACGCACACCGGCGAGAAGCGGUUCGCGUGUCCCGUGUGCAACAAGCGGUUCAUGCGGUCCGACCACCUGGCCAAGCACGUCAAGACGCACAACGGAAACGGCGGCAGCAAGAAGGGCAGCAGCGAUUCGUGUUCCGAUUCGGAAAACAGCCAGAGCGCGGCCGACGGUACGUCUCCGCACAACCAACACCAGCAACAACAGCAACAACAACAGCAACAGCAGCAGCAGCAGCAGCAGCAACAGCAACAGCAACAGCAGCAACAGCAGCAGCAACAGCAACAACACCAGCAGCACGUGCAACCGUUGCACAUGGCCGACAUGGUGGACGUCAAACCACCGUUGCCCCUGGGCGGACCGGCAGGUCUGGUCCGAUGGAGUCCGGUAGUCAGUUCCGUGGGUUCCGUGGUCCCGUUGUCGCCGCCGUCGUCGCACGCCAUCGGCUCGUCGCCGUUCCUGUCCGUGCAACAGCAGCACAACAACAACAAGGAACAGAAGAGUUUCUGCAGCUGGACGAACGCCGCCGGCAAAGAGCCGAAAAUGUACCAGGAGAAACUGGAAUGAGCGUCGCCCCCGCCGGUGCAGCUGCCACCGCCGCCGACUGUCGCGUUCGGUGGCGGCGGCGACCGCGGCACCGGCGGUGGUGCUACGCCCGGCCCACAGUUGUUUUCUAGUCUCCAGCAGCAAUACAAAAACGGACUCCAGCAGCACGACCACCAGCAGCAGCAGCAGCACAAUCAACAUCAUCAUCAUCAUCAUCACCUUCAGCAACAGCAGCAACAGGAUCAGCAGCAACAUCAGCAUCAGCAGUACCUGCAGCAGCACCAUCAACUGCACCACCAGCACGGCAGCAACUUGGUCACGCAUUACGCGGCCCUCGGCAGUGCGUUUUACACGUACUGACCAUAUUUAUGUAAUGGGAAAUGCGAUAAAAUUGCAGUCCGGUAAAUGUUUUUCACAUAUAUAUUUAUAUAUAGAAAUGAUAUUAUUAUAAAAAUUACAAACGUUUUAUUUUCCACUUUUAACACUCGCGGCGUGUUUUUUUAACGUAUAUUAUAAUCUUUAUAUAUAACUGCGUGUCGCCACUUUGUACAUAAUAUAUUAUUAUCAUAUAAUUCAAUAUUAUUAUUUGUACAUAUAUUAUAUCUGUGUACAUAAUUCAAUGUUUUAUUGUAAAAAAAUCAAAAAAAAAACAAAAAAAAAAAAAUCGUAUUAUUAUUAUUAACGUUUUUAUUAGUGUUAAACCCGACGAAGUAUUUUGUCCGCUUCACGUGCAUAUAGGGUAAACGAAGUUAAAAUAAAAUCUUAUAUAUCGUGUAUACUUAUAUAUAUAUAUACCUGUUUAAACGAUUAAAACAAAUUUCUUUUUUUUUAUCAUUAAAAUAUACACCGCGGUUUACCUAUAAAUACGUGGCCGACGACCGAGUAUGCCGUUGAACCACAGCCGCUUUUGUACUUAUAUAUAUAUAAUCGCCGUUAUCGAUUUACUCAACAUACAACAAAAUGAUAUACAUAAUAUUGUAUUGUAAAUAUGGUUGUUUAUAUGCGUAAGAACCGUGUAUAGAUAAUAAAUAAAAAAUGUUCGACGUUUCUAUACAUAUAUACAAUAAUAUAUGAUAUGUAUAAUAUAUUAUAUUAUAUAAGUACUGUAUUUUUUAUUACCUAUAUAUAUAUAUAUAUUAUAUGCGUAUUGAUAAUUAUACGAAAUAAAUUAUAAUUUUUUUGUUGUCUCAUAA